AUGGCUAAUAAUUUAGAUUUUAACAAAAUUUGCCGCGCUUGUUUAUCUAAUGCUGGGCCAUUAAAAGAAUUAUUCACCGUUUGUUCUUCUGAAGUGUUCAAGUAUUGUACAUCCGUGGAGAUUUCAGAAAAUGAUGGUCUACCAACAUUGAUUUGUCAAACAUGCCUUGAUCUCCUUAACAAACUGUAUUACUUCAAGCAGGUUGUUGUUCGCUCAAACAUACUAUUAAAGCAACAAUGUUCCAUGGAUAUGGAUAAGCUGGUUAAGGUGGAACAUCAUAAUUCAGACAACAAUGAUAUAGUGGAAGUUAAUAUCAUGGAACUAACUGAUGCCCAUGUACAUCGCAAUCUUAGUAUUGAACAAAAAAAUCAACCCAAAAUCAGGAGAAGAAAAAGGGGUUCAACAAAAUAUACUGAGCAACCCAUAAAGAAGAGAGAAAGAAUGAAAUGUAUGAAAUGUGGUAAAAAUUUUCAGAAGUAUGAGAACUUUGAAGCCCACAUGCGGAGUCAUUUCGGUAAGAAGCCUGAUAUCAAGUGCAAGUACUGUGACAAAACAUUCCUGACUCUGCGCAACUUGAAUAGCCACAUCCGAGUGCACACAGCAAUCCGCAAGUACCAAUGUCGUACUUGCAAUAAGAGUUUUGCGUAUCUAAAUGUAUUGAAAAAUCACGAGCUCAUUCAUGCAGGUGUCAAAAGACAUAUGUGCCACCUUUGUGAUGCUAAGUUUGUGCAGGCGUAUAACCUUAAGAUGCAUAUAGAGACUCAUAACAAUGAAAAGAACUAUGGAUGCUCACAAUGUGGAAAAAAGUUUGCACAGCCUGGCAACUUGAAGAUUCAUCUCAUUCGACAUACUGGAAUCAAAAAUUUUGCCUGUACAUUGUGUGACAUGCGAUUUUAUAUUAAGGCAGAUCUUGUGAAGCAUAUGCGGUCCCAUUCAGCAGAUAAACCUUUCUCGUGCCAGCUUUGCGACAAGACUUUUAAGAGCAGGAGUUUUCAAGCGAUACAUAUGCGUACUCAUACUGGAGAACGGCCUUACGCGUGUGACCUUUGUCCAAAGAAAUUUAUGGCGCGAAAAGAUUUAAGAAAUCAUAGAAUGAUUCACACCGGUGAAAAGCCUCAUAAAUGUCAACUCUGCAAUCAAGCAUUUAUUCAAAAAUGUGCACUGAACAGGCAUAUGAAGGGGCACGGAAAGGGUUCGGAUGAAACGCAAAAUUUAAUAGUCAGGCCUCAGAUGCAACCGAUGGAAAACACCACGCCAUUAGCUCUUUCGUAUUGGCAUGGAGAGGCC